AUGCCAGCCCGCCGCCUCCCCCUUCGCGUCCGCGCUGGUCCUGUCCCACCUCCCUUCGCAUGUCCUCCGCACUCAUCCGUGCUCCUGCUCGCCCCGACUGCCUCUCUGGCGAGUAAUGCGCCCUCGCCCAGCCUUCUCUAUGCGUUCCUCGCUGCCAGUGCCUCUCGGGCGAAGGGGAUCUCUCGUCCCUUCUCCCUCCGUGCCCGCGGCGACUGUCUUGCAGAUGCCACUCCUCCUCCCAUCUCCCUCCCUGCUUGCGCUGCAGACCUGGCGAACGUGUCUCACCCCUUGCCCUUCCCGCGUAGUGCCGCCACGGAUCAGGUGAGCCAGACCCGCCAGUCUGUCGUCUAUCAUGUUGCCCAUGCCGAUCAGGCGAGCGCGACCCGCCCCCCUGCCUCCCAUCAUGGUGCUGACGCACCUCAGGCGAGCGCAACCCUCCGUUCCGCCCUCCUCCGCGCUGCCAACGCGGAUCAGGUGCUGCUGCCCUACCUGCGGACGAAGCUGCACUCUCUGUUUGCUGCCCGCCAAAGGCAGAGGCAGGCCCGCGCACUGUGGGUGGGGGAGGAAGAUGGGGGGGACGAUGGGUGGGGGGGAACGGGGGAGGAGUGGGGGCGGGGGAGGGAUGGGGGAAAUAAUGCUGGUCUGGGGCAAGGGGAUGGGGAUGGGGAUGGGUAUGGGGAUGGGUAUGGUGGGGCUAUGGGAGGUGAAGAGCGCAGUGAGAGUGGCAGCAGCCCUGGGAGCAUGGGCUCUGUUGGUUCCCUGCGUGGGCACGAACAGCUAGAUGAUGGGCUGGGGACUGAUGGAUUGAGGGACGAAACGCCAGGGGGUGAGGGUGUGGCAGCGGCCGCAGCAAGAGUUACCGACGGGCGUGCGGAGGGAGGAGCAGGAGAGGAGGAGGCGGAUGGGCAAAGGGGGCAGGUGGUGACAGGAGGGGCCACUGCUGGCAAUUCAGAUGCCAGAGGCAAUGGGGGAAGGAGGAGCAGUGCGAUUGGCAGCAGCAGGAGCAGUGCGAGGGGCAGCAGGAGGUGGCGACAGGUGCUGCGAGUGCUGCGGUGGUUGCAGCGACGGGCCGUGAGAGGGGCCGCUGCUGCGUACCCCUGGGUGCAAGCACCGUAUGAAGGCGUGUGUCUGCUGUACCAGCUGCUCUACGUCAUGGUCGCUGCGCCGCACUACCAACUUAUGCAAGCUUUGUGUCUUACUCCUUCCCUCCCUCACCCCACCCCUCUACACACACCAGGCGUGUGUCUGCUUUACCAGCUGCUCUACGUCAUGGACGCCACGCCGCACUACUCGCCCAUCCUGCACCUCCUCUCCCUCUCGCUGCGCCGAGCCACUCCACAGGAGCUGGUGAGGCGGCAUGCACUCUCACAACGCGAGACCCAUCGCCCCUCCCCUCCCACCGUGCAGGCCGAGGCAUCUUCCUCCAUCUCCACCCGCCGUCAGCGAGAGUUCGAGCGCCUCCCAGGCUCACCCGCAAUAAGGGCCGUGCAAGCAGCGCUCCUGAAAGCCCUCUACUUCACCAUGGACUAUGCCCAGACGUCUGUCAUCGCUGCGGUCUUUGCCUUCAAGGUACGCCCCUCUAAAUCAUGCCCUUUCAAGCCCCACCACUCCUCCAUUGCUGCGGUCUUUGUCUUCAAGAUGGCCGAGUGGUGGUACCAGACAGGCAAGCAGAAGCUGAGUGCGUUUGGCUGCCAUAUGGCCGAGUGGUGGUACCAGACAGGCGAGCAGAAGCUCAGUGCUCCCACUGUGUACCCUCCGCCACCACCCCCCCCACCUCCCAAGGCAAGUGCGUUUUCUCCUAAAUACGUGUUACGUGUCCAUGGUAGUACCAUGAUAGUGGCCCCUGCAGGCAUCCCACUGCCUGCUGAUGCGCCCUGCAUCCCCGUGCCUGCUGAUCGCUCCCUGUGUCCGCUCUGCCUCUGCCGUCGCACCAACCCCACCGCCCCUGCCACCUCCGGCUUCAUCUUCUGCUACCCCUGCAUCUUUGCCUACGUGGACAAGGCAAGCAAUCCUGUACCCUGGUAA